CGCAAUAGUCCAACAACUUUAUAUCUCUGGUAGUGUUUUCAGCUUCAACAAUGUCUCCAGCCGCCAAAACUCAUACUCCCAGAAUCAUUUUUGUCCGUCAUGGCCAGACUGAAUGGUCCAAAUCGGGGCAGCACACUUCUGUGACCGAUUUACCCUUAACAGACUUCGGUGUAAAACAGAUGAGAAACACCGGAAAGCACUUGAUUGGAUCUUCUCCUUUCCAGAUGAUUAAGCCCGAGGAUAUUUCACAUAUCUUUGUUUCACCUAGAACGAGAGCCAGACAUACUGCUGAACUAUUGACCGAAGAUGUGGACGACAUUCAAAAGGCUAGAAUCCCCAUUAUUGUUGAUGAAGACAUUCGUGAAUGGGAAUAUGGAGAUUAUGAAGGCUUGCUCACCAAACAGAUUAUCGAUCUCCGUAAGAAGAAGGGUCUUGACCAGGAUGUAGAUAGAUGGAUUAUCUGGAGAGAUGGCUGCGAAAACGGAGAAACCCAUGUUGAAGUCAAAUCCCGUUUGGACAGAUUCAUCAGUAAAAUCAAGGAAAUACACGCCGAGGCCUUGAGAACCAAUUCCAAGUCUGACAUCAUUGUUGUAGCCCACGGCCACAUCUUGAGGUGUUUUGCAGCCAGAUGGGUAGAGAGAGAAAUCAACAUAGAUCCAUCCUUCAUGCUUGAUGCUGGUGGAGUAGGUGUGUUGAGUUACCAACACCACAAUGUGAAUGAACCAGCUCUCUUUUUGGCUGGUGCCUUUGUCUGUCCAGUUGAAGAAGAAGGUGCCGACUUGUAGGAUCUGGAGCCAAAUCACAUCACAUCAGACUAGUUUCUAUUUUAAAACGGCUUUCUCUAUAUAUUCAAUGAAUCAGGGCCAUCUUGGUAGAAUGUGCUACUUGCAGUCCGUAAUGAUAUUACAACUAUCUGGAUGGAUCCUCGAUUGCCAUGAAAUGAAGAGAAUGGCUGCGAAAUUUACGUUCUUCAAUUAUUAUAUUCGUCUAUUGACUUUUAAGUACCUUUGUCUAGCCACUAAUUUACAUAAUACCCUCGC